GCGGGGCCGAAGCGCGGCCGGGGAAGGCCGGGCGAGUGCGAGUCACCUGCCCGACGGCUCGCCGGUUCGCAGGAGCGCGGCGCUCGGGCCCGGGCGGACCGUCUCGUCCUCGUGUCCCGGACCGGCGCCGGGUCGGGGCCCGCUGGCCCCCCACCGCAGCCAUGAGCAAGUUGGCCAAGUUCUUCCAACGGGGCGGCUCCUCCAAGGGCCGGGCUGCGCCCAGCGCUCAGGAGGCCCUGGCCCGCCUGCGGGAGACCGAGGAGAUGCUGGGCAGGAAGCAGGAGUACCUGGAGAGCCGCAUCCAGCGGGAGCUCGCGCUGGCCCGGAGGCUCGGCACGCAGAACAAGCGAGCUGCAUUGCAGGCACUAAAAAGGAAGAAGAGGUUUGAGAAGCAGCUGUCUCAGAUCGAUGGGACCCUUUCCACCAUUGAGUUCCAGAGAGAAGCCCUGGAAAAUGCUCACACCAACACCGAGGUGCUAAGGAACAUGGGCCUUGCAGCAAAAGUGAUGAGAGCGGUUCAUGAAAACAUGGAUCUGAACAAAAUUGAUGAUUUGAUGCAAGAUAUCACAGAACAACAGGAUAUUGCCCAAGAAAUCUCAGAAGCAUUUUCUCAAAGGGUUGGAUUUGGCGAUGGCUUUGAUGAGGAUGAGCUGAUGGCAGAACUUGAAGAAUUGGAGCAGGAGGAAUUAAAUAAGAAGAUGACAAACAUCCGGCUUCCGACCGUGCCUUCGUCUUCUCUCCCAGCACAGCCAGAUAGAAAGCCCAGCGCACACCGGUCCCGUGCAGCAUCUUCCAAAAGGAAAGAAGAGGAAGAUGAUUUCAAUGAACUGGCAGCUUGGGCUUCUUGUUAAACUAAGAUGGACUUUUUGGAUACACAUGAGUGAACUAUAUACAUGAGAUGUAAAUUUUUUUUUUUUUUUGCCAAGUUCAGAAGUUAACCAAGACCCUACUUUAUAUUUACACUUGAUGAAUAAUUAUCAUUUAAGCUUCAUAAUUAAAAACAAAGAAAGGAGUCAUGUGUAGACAUAGGAUCAAGGACAGGAAGGGCAUUUCAGUGUAGAGGAUCCCUCCAUGUGGGGGGGCUGGGGGCUGUGUGGAUCUACUGUGUCACAACUGUCUUUCCAGUCUCCGCAUGCAGUUGAUACUUUCUAUGUGAUUGUUGGAAGAAAACGAAAGUUCUUACUGACAUAGCAGACACACAACAGUUUAAAGUUGUUGUUUAAGGAUACAUUUUGGAAAGCUGGGGAAAAUUUCCUGACUAUGUAACUGCAAGUUUCCUGUGUGUAUUCAUGUAUCUCUUUCAGGGGAGACUUCUUGCUCAGAAGUCUCUUUUGUUUAAGUCUACAUACAUAUAGUUUCAGUUGAGUUUUGCAAUUUAAAACCUUAAAGGAGCUUUAAUUGACAUUUAUUAUGCCAAUUAGGCUUGAAAUGGGGCAAUGGGUGCGUUUUCCAAGAUGUCUGAAAGUACUAACAGCUUACACUGCUGAACAAGGGUCUCCCGGGUGUAAUUUAGCCACUUAGGGAGCUGCAUUAACACUUCCAGGCCAUUAUGAUGCUGUUCCAGCUUCAGUGUACUAAAUGUGUUUCGUGCUCCUUAUUAGUUUUUUUUUCACACUUUACAACAUAUACUUUGAAAAAUAUAUUGGCAUUUAACCAUAUAUCUUGAAUAAUAUUUUUCCAUUUUGCUUUAAAAUCAGAAUAAAUUGUACAGUUAUAUAUUACUGAUAAUAUAUCAUAGCGCACAAAUGGCAAGUAUCAUUAGAGAACAUGCUUUAGUGUUCUCUGCAUUUGCUUAGCAAUGUGGCGGAAUGAAUGGAAUGCUGGAUCUAAAGGUAAGAAGCCCUGCUUUCAGUCUCUGGUGUGCCACAAGCACGUUUCACAAACUUUCUGAGCUCAUUGGGAAAUUUAAGAGCUGGACUCCAUGAUCCCAGUGAUUCUGUGUCAUCCUUGGUCUUUAGCAAUCUUCCCAGCCUUCAGAACACAGAGAAGAAAUUGUCCUUAUUCUUCAAGUACUGGUUAAAAUGGCCUUUGUUUGGGGAAAUUUUUCUUGCUUUCCCAGACUAAAUUAGGUCUUCUUGUUAUAUGCUUUCAUAGCUCCCUGCUCGCUCUUCUAUCACUUUUCAUGAUUUAUAUUACAUUUUUCCUUGAACAAUCACUUAAUUAUCGUUUGUCCUUGUUGGACUGUGGUAACCACGAGGGCAGAGACUGUAUAUCUUUUAGUUCAAUAGUCCAUGCCUGGCGCUCUGCGCCAUUUCUCAUACACAGCAGGAAUUCAAUCAAUACUUAUUAAAUGAACAGCAAUUGAGUUUUUAUAUCUUUUGGUACAAUAGCAUAACAGGAACUAGAUUUGCCAUCUGCCCUUAAACACGUAGAAAACUGGACAAAGUAUAGAAAACAACAAUUUUUGACCCUGGGCAAUGGCCGGCACAGGCAGGGAUUCCUAACAGAAGGGAAACCAGUGCCCUGGCUCACUGCCUCCCAGGGUAGGACCCAGUCAGGGGCUGAGGUCUUGAACUGUGGACUGAAUUGUUUGCCUCUCACCCAUUCAUACAGUGUCGUCCUAUCCUAAUCCCCAAGAAAACAGUAGUGGGAGAGGAUUAAAUCAUGAGGGCAGCACCUCAGGGAUGGGAUAGUGGUUUCAUCAAAUAGGCCCCCAGGAGCUUGUUUAUAACCUUUAGCCAUGUGAACACACAGGGAAAAGGCACAAUUUAUAAGCCAGAGUGUCUCACCAGACUCCGUGUCUGCUGGUGCUUGAGUUUGGACUUCUAGUCCUUCUAGAGUCUAGUGCUUCUUGUACUAUGAGAUCUAAAAUCUUGUUUUAUGUAAGUUUCCAGACUCUGGUGUUUCGUUAUGGCAGUUCCUACAGAUUAAGAUUGAGAAAGAGUACAAGAAGACUGGAGAGGAGGAGAGGGCUCCUUCAAGUCUUUGGCUGAAAAUAAAUUUCUGUGUUGGUGAGGGAGCUACUGAGGCUGAGAACUGCUGGAGAGAUGCAGGAGAAUCAAUUCUCAGAGCUCUUGCUGGGCCUGGAACCUCUGUGUUUUCACUAACCAGCGUGGAACUUUCCUAAUGUGGGGGCACAGGUGGAGUCCUCAGAGGGUGUUGCCUCAGUAGUCAAAUUAUGUAUAGAAUGAAAGCUAUUCUGGGUGCACUGUAAAAAAGCUUAAAAAGUAAGCUUCAAAAUGAUCAAAUGAUUCCAAGUGAUCAUUCCAAAAUGAUAAAAUGAUUCUAGCACUCCAGAAAAACAACAAGCAAAAAUACCCAAACCCAACCGAUGAAUCAACCAACCAACCAACUAACUAACCACAUGAAGGAAUAUAAAAGCUAACAAUAACAAAAUAAUUCAAGCAAAGCUUAGGCACAUAGUAGAAUAGCAUUUCUGAAGUCCAGGACUUGUCAGGAAAUUUCAUUCAUGCAAAGUAUAGGGAGGUACAAGAGAAACAUCAUACAGUAAAAAGAGACUCAGAAAUGACAUGAAUGAUAGAAGACAAAGAUGCUAAAAGAGCAUUGAUAAAUACUCUCCAUAUGUUGCCUAAAAUAACUAUAAUAAAUAUAUUCCAUAACUUUAAGAAAGGAGAAGAAAGUAUAAAUAUAGAACAUCAUGGAUAGUAUUAACAGCAGAUUUGAUACUGCCUAAAAAAGGCAUGUGUGUUCAAAAAUAUUAUAACAGGAACCACUCUAAAUAUAAACCAGAUUGGGAAAAUGAAAAAAAUGGCAGAAGAAUAGAGCAAGAGAUCUUAGAAUGGCAGAGGAGGGCUUCGUGGGUGGGUUGGAGGGUACUUGGGGAAGGGAUCAGGAGAGAGAAAACAUGAUUGAAGAAAUAAUGGCCAAAAUUUUUCCAAAUUUGAUGAAAAGUAUAGAGAUACAGUUUAAUGAGAUUCAACACACUUGUAUUUUCUGCUACCAUAACAAGAUACCCAAGAGUGGGUCAUUUAUAAAGAAGUUCAUGUAACUCAAGGUUCUGGAGACUGGAAAGUCCAAGAGUACAGUGCCAGCAUCUGUGUGUCCUUGAUGAGGACCUUUUUGCUGUCUUAAAGUAUGGUGGCAGGCUUUGCAUCUAACAGAGCAAGCAUGCUAGUUUGGAUCUCUUUGAUUCUAGAAAGCCACAGUCCAUCACAGGGAACCCAUUCUUGGAACCCAUGGAUUCACUUGUCAGAAGUCCCACUUCCAAAUACAUUUAACAAGUGUACUUGAGGAUUAAAAUUCCAAUGCAUGACCUUUUAGAGGACACAUUCAAACCAGCUUAAUACCUCAAGUAGAAAUCCUUGUCUCCUUCAAUAAUGAAAGUUACUGUGGCCUGUUUAAAACAUUAGAACCUUCCAAGUGAGAACUCACAGAUGUUUGAACAUUUCUUCUAAUUGUGGUUAAACAUAUGCUGGGCAGUUAGUUAGAUACAUGAAAUGGGCACCUGAAAUGUGGCUAGUACAAUAGAAGAAAUUCAUUUUAUUUUGGUUAAUUUAAAUUUAAAAAACAAUAAUUUGAUAAACAAUAUUUUUGAACAUGGAUAUGCAAAUUGACUGUUUCAACUGUAAAACUUAUGAAGUCUAGAUAUCUAUCAUGUAUUUUUGGUAGAAAUUUGCAUCUGAUUUGAGAUGUUUCUAAGUGUAAAAUACACACUGGCUUUCAAAGACUUUGUAUAUAUAAAUAAUGUAAAAUAUCUCAGUAAUUUUAUAUUGAUUACAUGUUGAAAUAUUAGAUGUACAGGGUUAAAUAAAAUGUGUUAAAUAUAAUUAUUUCUACUUUUAAAAUCUGUGGUUACUAUGAAAUUUAAAAUUACAUAUGACCUUGUAUUUUUUCUGGCUAACUCUGGGUAAGGCCAACUGCCUACUGUCAGUAAGUAUGCAGAUAAUGUGUGAACUGGAAUAAAAAAAAAGUAUUUUGAAGUAAAUAAUAAUGUGACCUCCAUGCUGACAAUAAACAUGAAACUAGAGAA